AUGGUGGAGAACUUGCAAGAUCUGAGCCAAGGGCUCGAUGGGGAGCCUGAGCUUAGCUUAGCGCUUGUAGAACUACCUGCACAGCAUAUGCAGAGAAGUCUUAUUGAUUGGGAUACACUACGCAUCGAGGAAAAUCGAGAUGAUGAGGGAAGGAUUGAGAUCGUCGAUGAUGAGGUGAUGUAUGAAAUGUUGGGCUUUAGGGCUCAGGAUGAGGAGGCUGAGAAGGCAAGGGAGGAUGCUGAGAAGGCAAGUGAGGCUGAGAACAAUGCUACUCCUCGGAGUAAUGAGGAAAUUGAUACAACUGAGGCAGCCAUUGAAGUUGAUGACUAUUUACCAGGGGAGAGGAUCGUGGUGCAUGAUCCAAAUCGUCCUAGGAUGGAUCUUGGCACAGUUUAUCCUAACAUGAAGGAGUUCAGAUUGGCUAUGAUACAAUUUGCUAUAAAUAAAAAGUUUGAACUACACAUUGCCAAAACAGAUCCAAGUAGAUACAUUGGCGGUUGCAAAGCAAUGGGUUGUCCUUGGCAUAUUGUUGGGCGUCGACAGCCUGAUGGGUGCACUGUUAUGGUGACAGUGCUUGUUGAUGAGCAUAAAUGUGCAUCUAGUGAUAAGAGGAAGACUACCACACCAACUACUGCUUGGGUUGCUUCAAAGGCAAUACAUCACCUUAGGAGGAAAAUAAUUAUGGGUACUAAGGAACUCCAAGAGGUUUUAGAGCAGGAGCAUGAAUGUAAGAUUGUUUAUGACACUGUACAGAGAGGAAGGCAUGUUGCUUUGAGACAACUGCAUGGAGAUUGGGAAGGAAGCUUUCAGCUCCUAUUCAAUUGGAAAGCAGAGGUCCUGAAAAGGUGUCCAGGCAGUGUUAUUGAGAUUGACAUUGUGGAGGUAGAAGGCUUGUUCUAUUUUCAUAGAUUUUUCUGUGCAUUAAAACCUUGCAUUGAAGGUUUUUUAGAAGGAUGCAGACCAUACCUUAGCAUAGAUUCUACUGAACUUAAUGGUAGAUGGAAUGGCCAUUUAGCAGCAGCUUGUGGUUUAGACGGUCACAACUGGAUGUACCCAGUUGCUUUUGGCUUCAUUGAUGGUGAGACCACAGACAACUGGACUUGGUUUAUGACUCAGUUGCAUAAGGCCAUAGGAGAUCUUCCUGUUUUGGCUAUUUCAUCAGAUGCAUGCAAAGGUCUAGAAAAUGCAGUUAAGAAUGUGUUCCCACAUGCUGAACAUAGGGAAUGCUUUAGACAUCUGAUGAACAAUUUUAUUAAAAGGUUUGGUGGUGAUGUAUUCUCAAAGAUGUAUCCUGCAGCCAGAACUUAUAGAGAAUCAGUUUUCCAAUAUUUUUACAAGUUAAUCAUUGAUGCUUGUCCUGAAGUGUUGGUUUGGAUGGAGGCUCACCAUUACAAGCUGUGGAUGAGAUCUGCCUUCAAUCCUGAGAUUAAAUGUGAUUAUAUCACUAAUAACCUUGCUGAAGUGUUUAACAAUUGGAUCAAAGACUGGAAAGACCUGCCUGUUGUCGAGCUUGCAGACAAACUCAGAGAGAAGAUUAUGGUGUUGUGGGCAAAAAGGAGAAAAAUUUCACAGGCACUUAGUGGGAAGAUCCUCCCAACAGUUGUGCAGCAGUUGAAUGCUAGAACUAGAGGACUUGGGCACUUGACUGUUGUAGAUGGUGGUAGUGAUUCAGCAGAAAUCUGGGACACCUCAAACACUCACACUAGACAUGUUGUUAAGGCUCAUCUGCAUGAGUGCACAUGUCUUGAGUGGCAGCAUACUGGUAAGCCUUGCCAGCAUGCUUUGGCUUUGAUUAUAAGUGCACAGAUUGUUAAUGUACCCAUGGAGAAUUUUGUGCAUGAGUAUUACUCUGUCAAGAGGUUCCAGGCAGCUUAUAAGAGACUUAUAGAGCCACUACCUGAUAAAUCACAGUGGCCAGAUGUUGAGUUGCCUUUUGGGGUAAAGGCUCCCCUUGACAAGAAGGCUGCUGGUAGGUACAGAAAACUGAGGAUCAAAGGCUUCCUCGAAGGUGGUAACAGCAAGGGAAAGAAAGCAGCCAAGGAAAAAGCAAAUGAGGCAAACAAACAAGCUGCUGAUGAGACAGAAAAGGGCAAGAAACAAAUGAUUAGAGGCAAAAGAAAGUGCAAUGGCUGUGGAGAAUUGGGUCAUAGUGAAACAAGCUACAAAUGUCAUCUUAAUGGCACUAAAAAAAGGCCAAGGAAGCCUAGGAAAAAUACAACAAAGUAUGGUGCCAAUGCAAAGAUCCCAACAAAGAGAGCAAAGAAGGGAGAGACAUCUCAGGAAAUGGCUGCUACUGCUACUGAACCACCAACCCCAAAUUUUCUCAAUGAACAAGCAAUGGAUGCAACAACCCCAAAUUUUUUCAUUCAACAAGCAAUGCCUGCACAAGCCCUAAAUGCACUCUCCAGCCCCACAAGGCUCACAAGGGAGCAGAUCAUAGAAAACAGCCCCACAAGGCUCACAAGAGGCCAACUCCAAACCCUGCUAGGUGAAGUCUCACCCGACAACAUGGUGCAUAAAAAGAGUCCAACAAAAAAACUGAAGCCAAGGAAAAUGAAGACCAAGUGA